UCGCCUUAGUCGGCAGUCGGUCUCUGGUCGGCCCCAAGAAUAGUCGUAUCGAGGCGGUAGUCGAGUAUCACCUCUCUUCUUCUUCUUCUCCUUCUCCUCCUACUACUACUACUACAGCACGGGCCGCCGCUCUGCUGCUCCUGCUGCCGUUGCUGCUGCCGUUGCUGCUGCCGCCGCCGCCGCUGUCGCCGCCGCCGCUGCUGUUGCUGCUGCUGCCCGGCGCUGCGAGCGCGCGACGGAGGGACGACACCAUCACGCACACCAUCGCGCAACACGCAUUCGCGAGAAGUACACGCGACGAGCGAACGUAUACACGAGAGUCGCGCGCAAACGCAAGUGUCGCUAAGGACAUACACGUUAUAUCGAUUACAUAUGCGUACGUACGUACGUACGUACGUACGCACGCACGCGGACAAGAGUGAUCUUUGGUGUAUACUCUGAUACGCGCCAGAGCGCGAAACAUCAGGCGGUAUUCCAGAGAACGCGGCCACUCUAAAUUUUCUGGGUUGGGACUUACCUGUCUCUCCUACCUUCCCAAUAAAUGGUGUGUCGUCGCUUUGAUGCUGAAGAGUUGAUGCUAGGAUAGACCGAUCAGUGUGGGUGUUUUUAACGCGAGACCUUUCGCCUCGGGAAAUCGCGACGUGCACGUGGAAAAGUGAAGUGCCUCUGAGUGCAUGACCGAGUGUGACCAAAAUUGUUACUGUUGUUGUAUCAUUCGCGAUCACCGUUUACGCGCGUUUACCAAAAGUUUUCGCGAUAUAAUAUCGUGGUUGUUGCCGCGCCAACAAUUUGUGAGCGAUAACGAGAUUGAUCAAAGCUGCGAAAUCUUCAUUUAAAAUAUCUUUGAAGAAAGCGAAAGAUUGGACAUACCUUUGAUCUCUGUAGAUUUUAGAGAAUUAAUCCAAUUGGAGAUUUAAAGAAUCAAAACGGAAGUGAUCGAGAAUACUACUUGGAAGAAUCAUAGUGCAUUGAAGUAGUAACUUUGAUAUCUUCAAAUAGCUACGGUGUAUAAUUACAUCCGAACAAUAACUGAAAAAUAUUAUGUCGAUCUAGCCGUGCUUUUCUGGAAGUAUGAUAGGUGUCGGACAUCUCCCGUACGAUUUAUUUCGCGAUUAUGCGCGCUCAUCUACAAAUAUAUUCAGGACAGAAAGAAGUGAAUGAAGAGCCGUAACUUACAAACGGCAAUUUCACGGCAAUAAUCAACGAAUAAAUAGUCGAGGACAUUGACUGUAUCAGAAUUUUGCAUCUUUCCGGACCGAGCUAAAUCCAACUCGAGGAACUUAAUCGGAUUAAACGAUUCUGGUCGGAAGUGUCGAGCCGACCCGGAAACAACCGGCCCCGUCGUCGUCGGUCGCGGGUCACGGGCAGGAAACCGGCAGGGUGGUUCGAGGCGGGACAGUAGGCGCGGACGCCCUGGCGACUGCCGGGGUGGUUUACCCGGCCGCGACGGCGACGUUGUUCCCUGGCCGGGUGCCAGCCGGACACCACCACCCCGAGUUCACCACCACGUUGGAGCUGGGGUUCCCGGCGCGCGGCACCACCGCCUCGAUGGCGUUGGUCGCGCCGCCGCCCUCCUGGGCCUCGCGGGACUCCGGGGCCGCCCUGGGCGCAGCCGGCGGCGGCGGUGGCGGCGGCGGCGGGCCCCUUGGGCCCCUUCAGGUUGGCCCGCCGCCGCCGAUGCCGCCCGCGCAUCUCACGCCCUCGGCUACGCCGGAGGACAUCACCUGCUUGGUACCCGCCGGCUCGGUCCUGACCUCGAGAGACCCUUUGCCGCCCAGCACCACCCCCGGCAGCCAGGCCAAUAGUUCGCAGUCCGGCAGCUCGCAAACGGACAAAUCACCGAACAUUGAGUGCGUGGUCUGCGGGGACAAGAGCAGCGGCAAGCAUUACGGACAGUUUACUUGCGAAGGAUGCAAAAGUUUCUUCAAGAGGAGCGUCAGGCGGAACCUAACGUACUCGUGUCGAGGGAACAGAAAUUGUCCCAUCGACCAACACCAUAGGAACCAGUGCCAGUUUUGCCGCUUGAAAAAGUGCCUGAAGAUGGGCAUGCGCCGGGAAGGUAUGCACUCCGUGCAAAGGGGGCGAGUACCGCCGUCGCAACCCUCGCUACCGGGUCUACCGGGCCAGUUUGCCCUGACGAACGGGGACGCGGUCGCGUGCGCCGGCUUAAACGGCACACACAAUUACCUCUCGUCGUACAUAAGCCUGCUGCUGAGGGCGGAGCCGUAUCCUGCCACGAGAUACGGCCAAUGUAUGCAGCCCAACAACAUCAUGGGCAUCGACAAUAUCUGCGAGCUCGCGGCGCGGCUGCUCUUCUCGGCGGUCGAGUGGGCCCGCAAUAUCCCGUUCUUCCCGGAUCUCCAGGUGACGGAUCAAGUGGCGCUGCUCAGGCUAGUGUGGAGCGAGCUGUUCGUCCUGAAUGCGAGCCAGUGCUCGAUGCCUCUCCACGUGGCGCCGCUUCUCGCGGCGGCGGGACUUCACGCCUCGCCGAUGGCAGCGGAUCGCGUGGUCGCCUUCAUGGACCACAUCAGGAUCUUUCAGGAGCAAGUGGAGAAACUCAAGGCGCUUCACGUCGAUUCCGCGGAAUACAGCUGUCUCAAGGCCAUCGUCCUCUUCACCACCGACGCUUGCGGUCUUUCGGACGUGGCACACAUUGAGUCUCUCCAGGAGAAGUCGCAGUGCGCGCUGGAGGAAUACUGUCGAACCCAAUAUCCGAAUCAGCCGACGAGGUUCGGGAAGCUGCUGCUGCGACUACCAUCGCUGCGGACGGUCUCGUCGCAGGUGAUCGAGCAGCUCUUCUUCGUGCGGCUGGUGGGUAAGACGCCGAUCGAGACCCUCAUCAGGGACAUGCUGCUAAGCGGUAACAGCUUCAACUGGCCCUACAUGCCGUCUACGAUGUGACACUCUAUCUGGCGGCAGCUAGCUUCCGCAUAAUAUUACAGCUCGAGCGGUGACGUCGUGGCGCCCCUCGACGAUCCGCAAGCCCGAUUCGCGCGCGAGUAGAAAAACGAUGGAGCGAAAAAAAAAACGCGGGAUCACUCUGGUUUUCCCGUCGUCGGUCAUGAAGUCAAUAUCGGGAUAACAAAUCCGCGAGGUACCGAACGUCGUUCUCUCACAUCAACGCCGUUAUUAAUCCAAUUAGCUUAUUUGUGACGUUCUGAUUUUGAUGUGAUGCGUCGACCGCAGAAGUCUCGUUGUUCCUCGUCAUCGGUGUCUAUUACACUCGCGUUUCGUUAAAUUGGUACUCGUGAGAAAUCGGGAUAUUGAGUCAAGCCUAAGGGCUUUUGUACACGAAACGAGCAAUGAAAAAAGGAGAAUCACAAGGAGAAAAGAGAGAAAGAGAGAGAGAGAGAGAGAGAGAGAGAGAGAGAGAGAGAGAGUCAAGGGAGAAUUAAGCGCAGUCAUUAAUGAAGUUGGACGGAGGGUGGUAGAAUAACGCGCACGAAGCGAGAGAGAAGGGUGGACGGGCGGUGAGAGGACGUCGUCUUGUUCGUCGAAGGCAAGGAAAUCUCGGAGACGAAAGGCGAGAAGGAAAGAAUAAAGAGAAAAGGCGUAAUAAAGACGUUGCUCAUUCAGAGAAUCACGGAGGCGCCCGACGGAGUAGCCCGACAACGUCCAGGAACACUGGGCGUUAAAACUUGGUGCUCGCUAAAGUGGUCGAGGGAGAGAUUUUAUACGUGUAAGGAGCUUGUUAGUUGUUGCGUGCGUGUAUGCGUGAGUGAAAGGGUGAAAGAAGGCGAGCGAGAGAGAGAGAGAAGAUGAAGCGAGAAGAUGGGGGAAGGGGGAGAGAGCGGAAAAUAGAUAGAUAGAUAAGUGUUUUGUUAUAUGGUAAGGAAUGAAAUCGAAGGAAGGGGAGGGAGGAAGGAGAGAGACGAGCGUGGCGUGAAGAAGUCAUAAAUUAGCAUUUAUAAUCAACGAUGAAGGAGAGAGCUGGUGGAUCUCCCAUCGCUAUCUCGAAUCAAUCUUCGCGUCGAGUACUCGCUAUUAGUCGAGUCAUGCCAUAGGCCUUAGUCAUUCGUCUUGACACCUCUUCUACGAGGCUGCGCGCUCUCAAAGUCCGUGUAGCCCGUAAAACAUUCUUUCGGAAAUAUCCCCUUUGGUCUGAAGACGACGCUAACUCUUGCACUGCACGUGCAUCGCAGAUCUAAAUCCCACGGCGCGUCGCUUUCGUCGAACUCUUUUGUGACUUUCGAGAAUUAUAGCCGACAAGACGCGGUUUUAUCUCAGUUGUUCUCGCGCAGCCCUAAUCCUUAAAUUAUUAUAUAAUCUUCUUAGAAUUCCGGAUAUUUUGCCUCCUACAAUAACGAAUUUAUAAAAAAAUCAUAUAUGUAAAUUUUUUUUUCGGUUUAGUACAAAACACAUAAUGCACUUAAAGUGACAAUUCUUAUUUUCCUUAAGAAAAAUAUCGUUCCAGGAAUUGCUGAAAAUCUUUGUAGAAUUUUAAUAUUUUACAUAAAUAAAUCUCUCAAAAUGUGAUAAUCUAAAAGAGAGAGCUAUCUAUCCGUAUGUAUAUGUAAUUAAAAAGAAAUUUUAUUAUUGGCCAUAUUUGGCAAAAAAUUAUUUUUUUAAUUAGCCUACUAUAAUUUUAAUAUGCAAAAAUAAUUUUGUAUUAUUAAAAAUUAUCCUCUUUUUUCCCCUGCGAUAUUUUCCUUUUUAUAUCCUCAUAAUUGAAUAUACGUUUAUGACACAAUCCGAUCAUUCUUAAUAAUUAUGUAAUAAGGCGUUUAUUUUACGUUGAGAGUUCCUUGAACGACUCGUUAAAUUCACAUCUUACUCUUAAUGUAAUUUUUGCACGGCAAAGGCCACGGUACACGGUACGUUAUCGAAGUUUAUCUCUCUCUAUUUAAAGAUAAAAAUAUUGUACAAAUUCUCUCUCUUAUGUAUAGUACUUAGAUAGGAGCAAAGAGAAUCGGGCUUCAUCGGCAUACCCGGCAUUUUAACGAAUCGACUUUAUUAAUAUAAAAGAAAAAAGAUUGUUUGUUGUAAGUAUAUAUAUAGGAUGUAAAGAACAAAGCGUUGCGUUUUAAGGCGUGAAAUCACAAAGGAAACUUAUGAAAAAUCCGUGCGUCAUAAAUUAGUCUUCUUUACGUUCGCGCGCGAUGGUAUUUGUAGCAGCGGCGAGUAGCGUUUAACGCGAACGAUAAUGUUUAAUUGUAUAUCGUAUUAGACUUACGGCGAUGAUUUCGAUGUCUCGUUUGUAUCGCGACGGCGAUCAUCUUCGAGGUGAAAAUUUCGAGGGAGAGAAGCAGCGAGCGACAGCGAAACCCCACACGCGACGCUCAAUUUGAAUGACAAUACCGCGCGAUAUCACACACACACACACACACAUAAAAACAGCCAAUAUUAUAUAGCUUGUAAAUACGAUAUUUUUAUCUUGGAUUACUUAAGAGCGUGUACGUGACGAGAUAACUCGAGAGUCGUCUCUGUAUGCCAGUGCCAUUGCGCGUCGCAUCAUCGCAUCGCGAUUAAUCCCGAUCGAUACUCGGGGCUCGGUGGUCUCGAAACGAAAAUUCCCACCAAGAGUCCAGAGCAAACACGCUGCGGAGAGGAAGUGAGUCGAGGCUAUUUUGUUGCAUUGAGAUGUUUAAACGAUCCGAGCGAACUCGCGAAUUCUCUUCCGAUUUACGAGCAAACUGCGCUAAAAUUCUAUUGUUACUACUUGCAGAAUCACAGAGUUAUUAAAUCGUGAUUGUUAAUAGCUAGAAACCUCAACGAGAUAAUGCCGGUAAUUUGUUGAAUUGUAUAAAUGAGCGACAGUUUGACUCGUUACGUCCCCUCCGGUUUAAUAAAAUAUGUUUUAUUAGAUACAAAUUUUUCGUUAAAAGUGUACAAUAAAAAUGGUAAAGAUAUAGAAUUAACAUUUGCGAAUAGUGGUUUAUUUAAGUUACUUAGCAUGUAAAAUGCUGUUAAAAUUUCGGACCGAGAGAAUCCUGAAAAUACAAAUUACUUAUUAUUAAUUUUAUUUUAUAUUAAUAAAUAUAUUUAUUUUAUUAAAUUAUAUAAAUUGUAUAUUAUUAUUUGUUGUUUUCGUAAUUAAAUUAAUAUAAUUUUUGUAAAGGGCAGAAUUUUUGUUUCAAAGUACCUUUGAUAAAUCCACUUAUUUACACGCAAGUUUUACUUUUCGAGGCAAAAAAAAAUUUAAUGUAAUAUGAUUAAAUAAUAUUUUCUUUUUAAUUUUUCCAAAGAUGUUUUCAUUAAACUUAUUAUUAUUCUACAUAGUAAGAGAAUAAGUAGACGAUUUUCCGACUUAACUCGAAAAAUAUUUGAGUUUGGGAUGGAACGGGUUAAAGCCGUGACAUCACGCUACGAGAUAUAUCGAGAUAUAUUUUUUAUUAAAAUAUGAAGAAUAUACGAUAUUGUUCGUGUAUGCGUGUGUCGCUUAGAGUCUCCGAUAGAUAAAGAUAAAAGUAACUGUGAGUUGAAUAUGCGUGAAAUGAGGACGACGCGGCGAGAUGUGCGUGUGUAUUUCAAUACGUGUACGUAUGUGUAUUUUAUGCGUAUGGGUAAAUAAACGAGUGAAAGAAAAUAAGCGUGUGAUGGAGAGAAAGAGAGAGAGCGAGGUUGCAAAAUAAUGUGAUAUAUGUACGUCAAAAUUUUAAAAAAAUCCGAUUUUUCGAGACGGUGCUUUUUCUAUCUUAUAAAUAUAUUGUACAAUAUAUUGUAUACACAACUCGGCGCGUUGUAUAGGGUUGUUUAAUGAUACUAAGAGAAAAUAUUUGAAUAUACUAUACGUUAUAUAGUAAAUGUGGCAAUGUUGAGCUAGUUACUUAGUGGAACACUUUUUUUUUAAGGGUAUAUGGGAUAUUUCUAAUAUUUUUAAGCAGCGGUCAUUCCUUACAGGAAAUUCUGCGAUUGGGUUUCCUCGAGCGGGAUCCAAUUAACGAAACUGAUUCGUUCGCGGGGAUAUGUGUGAGUACCGUAUUUCAAAAUUAGUGUACACUUUUGAGAAAAUAGAUAUCACAUUAUCUUCAUCUUAUACAAUAUUUAUUUUUUCCUUUUUUUUUUUUUUUUGAGUUUUAUGAUCAGACUUCACGGACUUUGAUAUAUAAUUAAAUGUAAAAUAUUAUGUUUUUUCGUUAAAAUUUAGAAAGAAUUCAAAAUUCAAAUUUUUUUAAAAAGUCAUGUUAUUUUAGACAUAUAAGAGCGACAUAUAUAUGUAUAAAAAAAUAUCGAUUCGGAGGAAAGAAGAGAGAAGACGAUCACUAUAAUACAUCGAGUACUUAAAUACUUAGUGUCGAGUGUGUGAUAUCACACUUGUAUUAUCGUAUACUCCACUUAUCUUCGUCCACUUAACACUUUUCGAUACUGAUCGUUAAUAUAUCGAAGUAACCUUUUUUGAUUACAUAAAUUAAUUAAUGGACGGAAUAGUGUUAUAAAUAAUCUCCUAAUUAAAAAAGAAUUCAACAUUUUUUUGCCAACUUUUUAAAAUAAUUAUUAGGCAAGAUUAAUAAUAAUUAAUAUUAAUAUCACAAAGAAAAAUAACAUUCAAUAUUAAAAUUAUAAAGAUAAUUUAUGAAUUAUUUGAUCUACAGUUUAACUAUUUUUUAUCGUAAUAGUGAUUAUAUUUGUAUUUCCGUAGAGAGAGAAGAGCAUACAAUUUUAUAUUAUUCUAAAUUAAUUGCUCAAUAAGUAAUACAUUACACAUCGAACUUUAUAUUUUUAUUGAUUUAAAUCGCUAUUGCGUCAAAAAUUAAAAAAUCCAAGUGUGACAUAUCUUUAUCGAUAUGCAUGAACACUUUGACAUCGCGACAUGGAUCCCUCUCGAGGUGCUCGCCGAUGAAGAUACGAUUGCUCACGAAACUCAAAAAUGUAUUAUAUCGACAAACGAGUGUAUGUACGUCAGGGCGCGAAUGACGUUCUUAUACAUAGUUAUGUAUAAAGUCGUGAACAUUUUUGUAUAAAAAAACGUGUAAAUAAUUAAUAUAUAUAUAAAUAUAAAUAAAAAAUACAAAUAUGAAUGCAUAUAUAAAUAUAUAAAUAUGAAAAUAUAUGAAUAUAAAUAUAUAUAUAUAUAUAUAUAUAUAUAUAUAUAUAUAUAUAUAUAAAAUGAAUUGCAAACAAAUAUAUAUAUGUAUAUAUUUCUUUGCAAUUCAUACACACACACACACACAUACAUAUUGUAUUGUCGCGUAGGAUAUCGCUACGACAAGUAAUAAAAGCAUUAUUGAUGAUGUAACCAGUGUCGAGACGCAUAACGGCGGUAUGUACGAGUUGUAGAUGUAACGCGACUGGUCUUUUUUGCAGAUGUUAUAAUAAGAAAAAAUAUCACGUUACACAACAAAAUAUAA